CAUGAGAAUGAGUUUGCUGGGAAAUUUAAAAAAAAAGUGACGUGCCAAUUUCCGCUGGACGCCGACGCGGACACGAUAGCAGUGCAAUCAAUAAUUUAUUAAAUAAAACUUUAUAAUCAAGUAAAAAUAAUGGGAGACCGUAAUUUUGUGGAAGAUGUGGACUUCGGGAACAGCAACGGGUUCGCGAUGAACAAGCCAAUGCGACCGAUUAGGCCACCUAAACGUGGAAUGCCCAACAAUGACCGCUACAACAAUGCCUAUGGCAGUUACCGUGGUGGCUAUGGGCCCGGCGGCGGUUUUGGCUAUGGACCAAGGGGCCCACCUAUGGGCAGGCCUAUGGGUCCACCACCUAUGGGCCCACCUAUGGGCCCACCUAUGGGUCCGAUGGGUCCUCGUGGGCCACGCGGCCCGCCACCCCCCUUGAUGAUGUUUGGACGAGGUUUUGGACCAGGUGGACCCCUUAUGCCCCGCAAAGUUGCUCCAGAGACUCAAGCUUAUAGAUAUCUUAUACGUUGUGGUGUUUCCCAGGAGAGCAUAAAAGGCCUCCCCAAGAAGCUGCUAAAACUUAUUGAGGCCAACCACUGCGGAGUUUGCGGCUUGGAUUUUGACUCCUUCACUAUGUCGCGUAUGCAUUACACUUCGCGUAAUCACCAAAAGAACCAAAAGAAAUGGCUGACGCAAAAUGCUGAGAAACCGACUCCCGGGAAAAAGAUACCGCUAAAGUCGCGCGAGUUGUACUGUGAACUGUGCGACGUUACGAUAACGUCCACGGCUCACGCCGAUUCGCACUAUUCAGGAAAAGCGCAUCGAGCUAUUGUGGAAGGACGGAAGAAGCCGAAAAACCCGUACCUACUCCAAAAAGGAAUGGAGGCUCGCACUGAGCAACUGAUCAAUCGCGAGAAGCAACAUUUGCCGGCGAUCACUGUGCCGAAGGUCACCGUGGGUGAGGGCGACGGCAAGCCUCCGCAGACCGACCUCUACUGCGACAUCUGCAAGACCUCCAUGACAUGCUCGGAGCAGAUGACGAUGCACCUCAACGGCAAGAAGCACCUGUCGAAGGAGAAGCAGCACAUCAUCCGCGUCAUGAAUGCACAAGCGCAGAACAACGACAACAGUGCCGUUAAAGAAGAGCUGCAGCCUGCAGAUGAGCAGGCUGGAGGCAACGGGAACGACGACGGAGGCGAUUGGGGAAAUGGAUCCGGUACCUGGGAAGACUAAGUUGGGAGAAUUAUAUGUCUAAGUAGACAUUUUAAUAUUACGUAGAGUAAUAAUUUGAUAAACGUUUUAAUUUUACACAUGACAAGUUCAAGUGUAUGUUUAGAUCAGGUCAACAAUGUUAACCCUUAUUAUUAUCUUGUUAAGGUUUAAUUUGGCACUUACUUACCUACGAUUAGGUAUUUAGUAAAAUACUUGUAUAUUUGAUCAGACAAUGUAAUUUUUAUCGUAUUAACCUUUUCGACGCCGUGUUAAACACAAAAGCUGUCAUUCGGACGUCACGUCACCCCAGUUUAUGUUGCCCUGUGGUCUGUGAUGGAUUAAUCGGUCUUUGGCGUUGGACCUACGAUGCUGAUAUAUCCGUCAUUGGCGUCCAAAAGGUUAAAUUACUGUAAAUUUCCCAUACUAAUCCCAGUAAUCCCUAAGGGCCUCUCACACUACACACAACUUCACUAGUUUUAUUAUGUAACAUAAUAAAUCAGUCUACGGAUUA